AUGUCCUCUUCCACAGACCAUUCCACACUCGACCUAGACCGAGUCAAAGCCGCAGAGGAGUUGAAACCGUUCGAGGAACGAUUAUUCCGCAUUCUGCACGAUCUCGUUCAACCGGGCGAGAAAGUCGACCCGACCGAGGCGGCGGCCCAGAUCAAUCAUCUCUUCCCCCCGAGUGAGGACAGCUCCAAGGCUCCUCCUCCUGAACCUACGGAUGAAAAUGACGCGGCGACGGAUCCAGAGGCCUUUUUGUGGGCUUUAUGGGGACUGAUCAUUCAGGUGGUGCGCUUGGUGCCUCCUCACCAUCCGGGUCAGGAGCGAGUGAUUGCGUUGCUUCAGGCCUUGAGCGAUUUACCUGCCAGGAGUUUGGAUAUUUGGGGGAGUCAGCAAGAAUUGUGGUCGGAUUUUCCUAUUCUUCGACCGUGUCUGAGAGAUCAUCUAGACUACGUGGGACAAGCAGAUCCCGACGGCAUCUCCGAGUGGAUCAAUCAAAAUUCAUUCAUGGCCCGACUCGUGGGCAAAGGUCUAUUGAGAUGGGAUACCUUGAUUGUGUGGAUGAUGAGGGAUGUGCUUGAGGAUGAGUUGCCCCAAGAACAGAUCGUCCAAGACUGCUACAUCUCCGUGGCCAGUGAAUGGGUCACGCAUGCCGGUUCGGCCAUCUACAGCCAGCUGAGCGAUCAGGAGAUGACCGACCAGCAGAAGCGGGUGAUGAAAGGCGGCAAGCUGUACACUGGCAAAGUCGGUCUCUGCCCGGAGAGGUGGGCGUUUUGGAAGUUACGGCUGGUCGAAGCUGGUCAGCAAGCGUCGGAAACUCUGCGCCCGUUGGCUUCGGCUGCGGCCGAUCGGAUGGGCGAGAUCGAAGAGCUGGCUCGUGUUGACAAGGAAAUGAGGGGAUGA